AUGCUACGGAUCCGCUUUUGGCUGAAUUCGCAACAACAACAGACACCACACAUCACGAUGAGCAUGAGCCUGGAUGAGUCCAUCUGCGCGUAUUUCGUGAAUAACCUGAAGGCAGGCAGCAAUGGUGAUUCCGAUGCGGACACUCUGGAGCAGUUCGAGGCGUCUCUGGAGCUGCUCGGCCAGCAACUGGCCGAGACCCAGAUCCGUCAAAUAAAGCCCAGCGAGGGCUAUCCCCUGAUAGCUGCCGGCAAGCUAACCAAGAAGGAUGUGUUUGUGCUGGCGCAGUUCGAGGGCGACUUCUUUGUGCAGCUGCAGCAGACAAAGGCCCUCGUCCUGGGGCCGCCAUGCCUGCUUACGUGCCUGCGGAACAACGAACCCAUUCCUCUUGGCAGCAGUGCCAUCUACACGACUGCCAUGCGCGACCUACAAGUGUCAGCCACGGGAAUAACGCCACAGAAGAAGGAUGAGCUCAGUCAGCUGAUCAACUGGAUGGGAGGCGUCUAUUUCCAAAGCUUCGGGCACCGUACCACGCACCUCAUCUCGAACACCAUUAAGUCCAACAAGUACGAGCAGGCCACACUGAAUGGGGUACCCGUAAUGCACGUAGAUUGGGUGCAGUACGUCUGGGAGCAAAGCAGGCGCCGCCAACGUGAAGGCGUACGGGCCACGGACACCGAGUUCGACAAAUAUCGCCUUCCCACGUUCUUUGGGGCAAACAUUACGUGCAGUGGCCUAGAUGUGGCGCGCAAGGAUCAGGUAAUGCGGUUAGUCAACGAGAAUGGCGGCAUCUACCACCGCGCAUUCCGCUCCCAGGUGGUGGAUAUCGUCAUCACUGAACAGUCCAAGACGGACACGGAGAAGUAUAAGGCAGCUAUUCGGUACAAGAAGGACGUCUUGCUGCCCGAAUGGAUCUUUGAUAGCCACAAUCGUGGCUACGCCUUGCCCACCAAGGAGUAUGAGGUGCGGCCAGGUAAGAAGUCAUCCACACCCACUAGAACCGGCAGCCGACCGUCCGCGACUACAGCUCCCGGCGCUGAUCAAACGCAGCUCUCGGAUCUUUCCCGGAUUAGUUUCGUUUCGGGCUCUCGGCGAAUGUGCAGCGACUUGACCACUGUGAACGAAACCCUUGGCAGCAGUUCACCCGCAAAGGAGCUGCUCAAACAGGCCACCACUAGUAGCAGGAGUUAUCAGCAGGUCUUGGCCGAGAUUUGUCCCAGGCAGGCCAAGAAGGCGGGCACCUUCCUCGACGGUUGCUGCGUGUAUCUGAGCGGCUUUCGCGCUGAGGAGCGUGAGAAGUUGAACAGAGUCCUAAACACGGGCGGUGCCACACGCUACGAUGAGGCCAACGAAGGUGUGUCCCACAUCAUUGUCGGUCAGCUGGACGGUGAUGCCGCCGCCGAGUAUCGGCAGUGGCAGAGCGACGGCCUCAUGAGCUCGGUGCAUGUGGUGCGUCUGGAUUGGCUGCUCGAGAGCAUUCGUGCUGGUCGUGUCGUUAGCGAACUGGUGCAUCGCGUAUCCCUGCCCCAGAACCGUGAACCGGACGUUGCCUCGCCGGCUAGCAAGCGGACUCUGCGCUCCAUGAAUCACAGCUUCAAGCAGCCACAGCAAUUGCCGAUGCGGAAGAAACUGUUCGACCAGGAGCAGGACCACGCUCAGGCGGAGAAGGUGCCGGAAGAGGAGCCGGACCAUCAUCUGCUGGAUCAGUACUCACACGAUCAGGGGGCAGUGGCCCAGUUGCCAGACACAAGCCUGAUCCAUCCGGCCGCCAGUUCUACGCAGAUGGAGAUACCGCAGCCCAAAAAGGCAUCUAAUCCAGACCCAGGCCACAUCUCGCAAGUUCCUCUGCCCGAUCUCAGUGCAAGCGCCAUGUCCAUAGAUUUCGAUAAGCUGCACUACUUCUUCGGUCUCUCUGUGUACGUCCACAAGGAUUGCUUCAACUCUGAAUUCUACUCCCACAUGCUGACCGAGUGUGAGGCGGCGCAGGGAUUGCUGGUGCCAUCCAGCUUUGCCGAUGAGGUGGACUAUGCCAUCGUCAGCUUCGAAGUGGCCUUCGACGAGCAGGAGCUGCCUGUACGGGCGCGUCAUGUCGUCACCGAACUAUUCCUCGAGAGCUGUAUGAAGCAGAACAAGCUCCUGCCCGUGGAAUACUAUCAUAAACCCGUGCCCGCAGCUGCACAACGUCAGCCGCUCAAGGGCAUGACAAUUGUUGUCUCCAUAUAUGCUGGCUUGGAGCGUGACUUCAUCAAUGCGACGGCAGAGCUACUGGGAGCCUCGGUGAAUAAGAAUCUGAACAAGAAGGAAAAGCCGUUGCUGGUGUGUCCCCGACCCGAGGGCUCCAAGUACGAGGGUGCCAUCAAGUGGCACUAUCCCGUGGUCACUGCUGAAUGGCUGGUCCAGUGUGCCAGCACGGGUCAAAAGCUAUCCUAUAUUGACCAUUUGGUGGGCAAUAGUCCUGAGGAUUUCCCCAUUUCUCCCCGCUUGAGGGAAAACAGUUCAAGGACGACAUCCAGAAGACAUGAGCAGCGGCAGACGGAGGAAACCACAUUGAUGCCACCACCCGAGGACGCCGAGGAGGUAGAGAACAACCAACCUAUUCCAGAGCCAGCAGCUCCUGUUAUAGCUACGCCUGCACCAGCUCCAGAACUAACACCUCUGCGAAAUAGACGCGUUUCCGAGCUUGCAGGACCGUCUGGUCGUCGAAGCAGCGGCUCCACAUCCAAUUCAUCCCCGGAUUCGCCGUGCACUCCGCUCAGUCAAGUGGGUGCUCAGAAUUAUAAUUUUGACUUCCUGGAGCAGUUUGUUCAACGCCUGGACACGGACGAGGGCAAGGACUGUGUGCGACAGAUUAUUCGCGAGAUGUGUGAGAAUCAAACGCCUGAGCUGGAGCGCAUUCGACGGCAGGCCUGUACACCGGUGAGUCGUCGCAACAUGCCACGACAGGCACCCGGAAUACCGGACUUUUGCCUGACCCCGGAGUUCCAGCAGCGGAUGGCCGAUGACUUUGAGCGGCGCUGGCGCUUGCCCACGCAGAAAAUAAAGCCGGACACACCGCUGGCGGUGAUCAGGCAGCGAGUGAUGCGGAUCACCUGCGAGACCCUGGGCAUUGAGUUCGAACAAGACGACGAUGAGGAGCAUGAUCAGCAGCAGCAGAAGGAGCAGCAGAACAAGAAGCCUGCGCCGCCAAAGACCAGAACUCAGGUCACAAAACUGAACUUUGAUAGUUCACCCAAGACUCCGAAGGUGGCGACGGUGUCGCUCCGAAAAUCUGCGUCUCCCAGAGCAUCUUUGGGCUCUUCACUCCGCACCGGCACCCAGUCACCCUUUGUGCCAAACUCCCAGAGUCCCAGCACCCCAGCGGCAACGGGUGGCGCAGGAAUCGUUGGCCAUGAAGAAGGCCAGAGCACCAUUAACUUUGACAAGAUUAGCUUCGAGGAGACAACAACGACGACCGCUUCCGUGAUGGCUCCCGAUGUCAAGCAGAUCACAGAUUAUCUGAAGAACUGCGAGAGCCGGAGGAACAGCUUGAAGCGCAGCCAUGACAACGACAUGGACGCGUGCCCCGAGAGCGAAGUCCAAUACGUGCAGCCGUUCGAGUCCGAGGGCUUCGCCCUGGGGACCGAGGACAUGGUGGACUGGCGGGAUCCCGUCGAGUUUAAUGCGGCCAAGCGCAGAUCCUCUGGAGGUGCGAGCUCUUCGCCCCGUAUGCAGCACGAGGGCAUUCCCUGCUUCAGCAUUUCGUGCGGCGACGACGACGAGAAGCGAGCGGAGCUGAGCGAACGGAUCACCCAGCUGGGCGGCAAACUGUGCGAGAAUCUGGUGAACUACGAUAGCGCCUGCACUCACCUGUUGUGCGAGCGUCCCAAUCGCGGCGAGAAGAUGCUUGCCUGCAUUGCGGCAGGCAAGUGGAUACUGCACACUCAGUAUAUCGAUCAGUGUCAUGCGCGCGGUCACUUCCUGGACGAGGCCCUGUACGAGUGGAGCAAUCCGCGAGCUCUUAAUUUGCCCAAUUUGACGCCCGAGGAGGAGCCCAUAGCCGCUGCUGUCCAUCGAUGGCGCACCGAGCUGAGUACAAAAGGCGGUGGCGCCUUCACUGGCUAUCGUGUAAUCCUCAGCAUCAACGAGCGCAGUGGAGCCGCUAUUAGAAACGUGCUCCGGGCCGGUGGAGCCUGCAUAUUGGAGCCAAAGUCUCCAUUCGCCAGCGAUCCAGUGGCUGCCACGGCCACACACUGCUUCGUGGAUGUAAAGGGAAUGCCAUUGGUUGCCAGAGACCUGUCUCACCUUCUGCAGAAGGGAGUACGGGUCCUCAGCCAGAUUGCCAUCAACAAGUACUUGAUGAACGGCCGGGAUGCUGAUUUGUCCAAGUACGAGCUCAAAGCAUAGGGCGUCAUCGUUUUGCUGUUGAUAAUUUAUACAUUUUGUUUAUCAAAAUUCAAUUAAUAUUAAUGUUUUUUUCCAAAACCAAUAAGUAAUAAUAAUACAACAAUAACAUCCUAAAUAUUUGGUUAAAUCCUACAAAACCUUAUU